AUGAUGAUGGGCCCUACUGUCACUCGCAAACAACGCAAGACACGACAAAACUCAAAUGUGUUCGCCAUGAUUGACCAGCAGCAAAUGGAGGAGCUAAAGCAGGCGUUUUACAUGAUGGAUACAAACGGCGACGGGGUUGUCUGUCAUGAUGAUCUGGAGAUCAUUUUAAAGAACCUGGGGCAAAACAUGACAAAUGACCAAAUCCACGAUAUGCUCAAUGAAGCCCCAGGCACCAAAAUCAAUUUCAUGGUGUUCUUGACCAUGAUGGCUGACAAGCUCACAGGAACGGAUCCCGAACAUGUGAUCACGAGCGCAUUUGCAGCCUUUGACGACAGUGGCAAAGGUACCAUCAAUGCCGAUUAUUUACGGGAUUGCAUGACAACAAUGGGUGACCGAUUUACCGAUGAAGAGGUCGACAUCAUGUUUCAAGGCACGCCCGUGGAUGAGCAUGGCAACUUUAACUACAAGGACUUUGUGCAGGUUCUCAAGCAUGGCGUGUAG